GACUAUAUAGGUGGUGGACAGUUAACCGAAGGCGGGAUUCUGGUGAAGUGGCCUUCUUCAGUUGGUAUCCACACUGCAGUGGUUUUCUCAGAGAUGUGGCUGUCUUUGUCUCAAGCCCACUCCUGGACCCUCCUGCUGCCGCUCCUAUCGAGCAUGCUUCUGUGGGAGAAUGUGGCGUGUGUGCCCAUGUGUAAAGCGGUAAAUGGGCGAUGCCAGUUGACGCUCGAGUACUUGUUUAAUCAAGCCCGUGGCGUGUCUAAGAGCACCAAGCGCCUCACUUCGGAAAUACUCAAUGAGUUCGACAAAGAGUAUGCCAAAGGUCCAGGCAUCAAGGACAAAAUUCCCCUGCUAUGCUACAACUAUUCCCUCCCUGUUCCAGAUAACACGACAGAAGACCAAGAGAUUCAGCCUGAGGUCCUUCUGAAAGAGACCAUAGGUAUGUUGACUGUCUGGAACAACACCCUGAGGCAUGUAAUAACAGAUAUUGCUGAUCUGGAGUCAAUCCCCGGUGUUGGUGCUUUCAUUUCUAAAAUCAGAGAGACAGUUUCAAAAUUAACAAGACUCGCGGGACUACUACAGGAAGUCAAGUCAUUACGCAACCUGAUUCGUCUUGAAUUUGAGGAAGAUGCAGAUGACCUUACCACAAAUGGACUGCCAUCUUUACAUCUGUUAGACAAUUCUCCUUUAUUUUUCUACCAUGUCCUCCUUGGCUGCAUGAAUUAUAAUGCAGAAAGGAUCGCCAUUCAUGUCAAUAUCUUGAGAUGUCAAAUGAUGCCCAGAAAAUGCUAAGUCUGCAUUCUAUUUAUUCUGAAAUGCUCAGAAACAGAACAAUGCUACAGUGACUCAUCCCUCCAAACAUUUUUGUACAAUUUAUGCCUUUUCCAUGUCUACUGAUGAAUUCUUGGGCUGUUAAAAACUAAUGCUUUAAAAAAUAUCACGUCUGAAAACAUAAAUUUGUAACUGUUUUUUUUGUCAAUUUACUAACAAACAUAUCAAAGGCAUUG